CAUUAAAGCACCAAUACUAUAUAGCAUAGUAGAAGUGCUCUUUCGUGAAAAUAUUAUAUUUAUAUGCUAAAUAUAAAAUAUGUUAGAGAAAAAUAAUGAUAUUUCUAGACAAAUACAUAUGCAUGUGUAUAAUCGGGCGGGUUCGGGUCGGAUAGUGAGAAACCCAUGCCCACCCAUUACGCGCAAUAUUCGGGUUCGGGUUUUACCCGUACCCACUAAAUGUCCUUCGGGUUUUGGUUUUACCCUGCCCGAUUAGACCGGAUUCGGGCGGAUAUCUACGGUUAUGGAUAUUAUUGCCAUCCCUAAAGCCAGCGGGCAGAGGUUUCUGUGGUCUCUUAGAAAGCCAUCGCAGAAAGGCAAAGCGGAUUUCAAGCCGUCCGAAUACGACGACGUUAAGGAGGCGUUGCCGGAUGGGUUCCUGGACCGGACAGCUGGGCUCGAGAAGGUGAUCGGUUGGGCCCCUCAGACGAGGGUUCUGGCCCAUCCAUCUGUCGGUGGGUUCGUGUCUCACUGCGGGUGGAACUCGACGUUGGAGAGUACGUGGUUUGGUGUUCCGGUUGCCACAUGGCCGAUGCGCGCGGAGCAGCAGCUGAAUGCAGUUACGUUGGUGAGGGAGCUUGAGGUGGCGGUGGAGAUUAGGAUGAGCUACCGGCUGUUGAGCGGAGAGGUGGUGCCGGUGGAGGAGAUUGAGAGAGGGAUAAGAUUCUUGAUGGCGACGGAGAAUACGGGGAGGAGAAAAAAGGCCAAAGAGAUGAGUGACAAGUGUGGAAGGCGGUGGAAGACGGCGGGUCUUCUUAUCGCUCCAUUGGUCGUUUUAUUGAGGAUGUGAUUAAUUAGUAAACACUCCAUCAAGUGUGAAAUUGGCUCCCUUUUGCCCCCUUCUCUCUCUAACUUCUCUUUUCUUAAUUUUCCGUGGGACGUUAUUUACCUGCAACCAAGUUUGCAGGCUCCUCCUACAAUCUCUACAGGUGGAGGCAUACUAUUGGUUGGGUUUAUUUUAUUUCAUCUUUUUUUUAAUUUGCAGUUAAAUGGUUAACGGAAGCGGCUAGCUUUCCACAGCAGAGUUCUCUAUCUACGCUCCUCUUUUCCCCCUUCUUUACUUAUGGUUAUUUCUUUUUGACAUGUUUCAAACUAGCAUGCAUAUAGAGGUGAAAAAAGAAAACCAGAAAUCAACCUAAUUGUUCAAUUCAACCCUAUCCAUCCAUAAUAUUUGAGAAAUCAAAUUUUAUGGUUGUGUGGCAACCGCCUCGAAGUUGGGGGAUCGUCGCGAAUUGUUCGUAGUUGUCAUCGAUCUUAAUUGUGGUUGAUCGAACAUCUUUUUGUUUGAUCUCAACCUUAGGAUCAAAACCGAGAUGUGGUCUACAAAAUUAAAGAUUCUAGGUUAGG